AUGGCAUCUACAUCUCUUGCCACAAUUAAGCCUCCUCAAUUGGUAUCCAUUUCCAGUGUAACUUCAUAUUCUGUAAGAGUAUCAUGGAUAGCUUCAUCCAAGCCAGCCGUAAAAAAUUUUCUUGUGGAAAGCAUUGGGACAUUUGUUGAUCUGCAAACGACUGUGGUCAAUGUUACAGGUGAGGCUACCUAUGUAGUUAUAGAUGGGCUGACAUCGGGGGAACGCUACAAUUUCCGUGUAGUGGCCAUUUCCAACAGUGGUACAGCUAGCGACUGGAGUAAUAAUUUACAAGCUGAUACGGUUAUGAUUCCACUCAAAGUAAUGGCCGAAUCAAUACAUGAAAGAUCAAUAACCGUUUCGUGGGCCUCUCGUGCAAAAGUUGCGAUCCGAGAAACACAAGUAACCUACCAAGGCACUGUAGAAAACAGAUUGUUGCGGAUUAAAACGAUUUAUAAUGAUCGGAUAGCAACGUUAGAUGGUUUGUAUCCAGGAGAUCUUUAUAAUGUUGAAGUAAAAGCCAUCAGUCCAACUUAUAAGCAAGCAAAUGCCAAAGAACUGUUUGGAACACGUCCUUUCCCACCAACACUGGAACCUAUCAACUAUUACAACGUGUCUUCUAUUGAAAUUGGUGUUAAACCCCCUACAAACAGUAUUGUGCAUUCAUUUAACGUGUCCAUUCAGCAGCAAAACCAGACCAAGAUUACCUAUUUGCAUGUACUAAACCUCGGCAGCAGUGUGACAAAUUUUGUGAUUCCUAACCUGGUGUCAGGUGGAGUGUAUGAGAUAAGUAUGGCGUGUAUAGGAUAUAAUCAACAUUCUACCUCAUCAUGGAGAAGGAUUAAACAUACUGCAAGGCUCUAUGCGCCAAUGAUACAGAAGCAUAGGAUUGCCGUGUUAAUGGACCGGAUUAACAUAUACUGGAUAUAUCGUGACUACAUUGACUCCAGCCAUUUUCUAAUUACAUACUAUGCAGUCAAUGGUAAGAAAAUGAGCAGUCACUCGAUUAACCGGAUGAGAAGAUCAGUACAACUGCAGAACCUUAUAUCUGGAGAAACAUAUACAGUUAUUGUAAAAGCCAUCAAUGGGUUCGAAUUUGUUUCUAGUCAGCCGAUCAAUAUAACAACAAGCCUCGGUAGGUUACGCGUGGAACCCAUAACACUCUACACCUCCACAAGCAUCACGCUAUCAUGGGCCACAUCAGCCGCAAAUACUAUCAUUGAAUUCUUCGCAAUUUCUUACACUGGAGCACACCUCGACAGGCCGCAAAACAGUUUCAAUGUCUCAGGGGAAAUGAGAACGUACGUGCUCUCGCACCUCACUCCAGGGGAAACAUAUUCCAUCAGCUUACAAGCCCGAAGUGGACAACAAGCUGCAGAUGGGAAUCAUAUAUCCCAGACAACAAUUCCAUGCACACCAACACUAAUUAGUGCACCAAAAACAACCAUGGAAAGUAUUCACCUAUCAUGGGAGAUUCCUACUAAAAGUGUAGUUGAGGUCUACAAAAUUAUCUACUACAGUUUGUCAGAUACCGUUGUGCACGAGGGCAGCUCUCCAAGGGAAGGUUACAUUAUGAAGACCCUAAAGCCUGGCUUGGCAUAUAACAUCUCAAUAUGGGCUGUCAGUGCUUCAGAGAAGAGCAGCAAGGCUUCAACGAUUCAGAGAACAAAGCUAGGAAGGCCUCGUGAAAUUCGUGUGGACAAAGUAACUAACACUUCAUUUACGCUUACUUGGACUGACCCGCUAGGAAGCUUCGAGUACAUUACAGUAUCAUGCCAAAAGUGUUUAAUACGUGACUGGAAAGUUUUUCCUGGAACCAAUGAAGCAAAUUUUAUAAAACUAUUAGCAGGCACACAGUAUAGACUCAGUCUUGUAACUGGAAAACGUGGGUUUGAAGACUCUUUACCAGCAACGAUUGUAGAAGUCACAAAGCCACAUACUCCAGAAAACCUGAAAAUUAUCAGUUACAGUGAGAAAGAUGUCUCUUUUGCCUGGACUGACAAGGAUUGUACGUCUUGUUUUUAUCGUGUUCAAUGCAUUGCUUUUAUGGAUGGCUUGAGUUUCUACGAUGAUCUUUGGAGCAAAAAUAUAACUUCAUACUAUGAGUAUUCAUGUAAUGAUCUGGUUCCAGGUGAAUUGUACACAAUCACUGUCACCAGUCUAAUUAAUAAUGACCUUAGCUUCAGAUCACCUUCACUAUUUAUCCAACAGCGGACAGAACCUGCAAUACCGAAUAAAAUACACAUUUUGACUCGUACUUCUCAAAGUGUCACCUUAGCGUGGGAAAAGGCAGAGGGAAUAUUUGACUACUAUACCACAAAGUUAGUUUCAUCUAAGCAUUAUCUGCUUGCCAACUAUAGCCCAGAAGUGACGACAGUCGAAGGACGGAACUUGGAUCCUUUCCUUGGAUACGAUUUCUAUAUAAGCACCGUCUCUGGACAAUUGCUAAGUGAGGCUCGCCACAUACACUUCAAUACAAAAGAAGGACGUCCAGGUCAAGUCUCAGAGUUCAAAUUGAUGCCUGUAAACCCAACAAAAAUCAGUGUUCAAUUCAAACAACCUUCUAACUCCAAUGGAAAAAUACUUGCUUAUAGAAUUUCAUACCAGGGAUCUGCUUCAAACGUUAGUAUAUUUUUAUAA